ACAACUCGAUACUUUUGCCAUAAUCGCUUGUUUUGAUAUGGCUGAGAGGUAAGUUAUUGCAUUUCACAUACAAAGUUCGACGAUCAAGAUACGAUAGAUUCAACGACAGCGAAGAUACACAAGACUAACUUGAUCUACGAACCCAUUUUUCGAUUUACAGAGACCGUGCAAGAUAUCUGAAGGGAUUAGUGCCCCGCAUAUGCACCAUUUCCCUUGCUCGAUACAAAGUACCUUGACCCCGCGAUAUCGCCCAAGUCUGCACAACAACAUCUUCACGAUAACAACAUCGUCUUGAGACACCAUGGCGAAAGAAAGCGACGCACCGCAACUGCCCUUGACGCCUCGAAAGGCAAACGAGCAACCCCCGGGCUUAUCGCACCACCCAGAAUUCGGAAAACCCUCGCCCCUCCGCCCUGUUCAACACCAACGCCCAGCCCAGCGUCCAUCCCACCCCAGUAACCCAUUCAACAUCCCGAAACCGAACCAGGCGAGAGCGGAACACCAUCGAGCUCCCCAACCGCGGCCACAACCACCAUCUCAAUACCCCGCAUCGAGUCAAGGCUAUCGUCCGCCUAUGACGCCUGGUGCUGGCGUGGCUGCUACACCAAGACAUAACGAGUCGUUCGACCCAUUUAAGCCUGUUAGACCUUCGGCGUAUAAUAACAACCGGUUCUCGCGUCCGGCCGACAGUGGCGCUUUUGAAAUCAAGCGUCCCGAAAAUGUUACUUUCGGCACCCCGCGAGCCCCGAAGACGUUCUUCACAUCGAAGCCGUCGGCGGUGAAAGUGAACAAUGCGUCGAAGAAUCUCAAGAAUUUUGUCGAUUUGACGGGUGAGGGUGGUUUUACGCCCAGCGCGGGAUCGCGGAAUAACGUUGGAUUCGGUUCGUAUGGAGUGGACGACUACGUGGAUACGGCGAAGGCGAACGAGAACAUCCAGGCUCUUUUACAGGGCGCUUUCGACGAAGACGAAGAUGAAAAGCAACAAGCCAAGAAGAACAAGAAGAAGAAUAAGAAUAAGAAGAGGAAGCAGAAGCAGAAGGAGAAUAAGAGGGAGGACGAUUCUCAGGACGCCUCCCAGGAUGCUUCUCAGGGUGCUUCUCAGGGUGCUUCUGAGCUUGAUGAUUUGGCUGCUCAGUUGGAGGGUAUCACUGUCAAGGAGCCUAAGUCUACGGAAGGUGACGAGGACGAGAAGAAAGCUAAGGCUGUCAAGUCUCCAGCGGUCGAUAGUGACACUGAGGAAGCAAGCGAUGACGAAUCUGAAUCUAAGGCCGACAAAGCUUCUGUGGACACUGAAGAUGAGGACAAAGAGGUGGUCUCCGAUGAAGAGGAAGAGGAAGAGGAGGAGGAAGAGGAAGAGGAAGAGGAAGAAGACGAUGGAACUGUCGAAGGCCUGAACGUCAAUCUGCUGCCUCACCAGAUAGAAGGCGUGAGCUGGAUGCGCGAUAAAGAACUCGGCAGGGGCAAAGGAACCGCCCCCAAGGGCGGCAUCCUCGCAGAUGAUAUGGGUCUUGGAAAGACAGUUCAGACCAUUGCCUUGCUGCUCACUAAUACCAAACCUGAGAGUGGAAAGGUGAAAAAGAAUUAUGAUUCCGACGAUGAAUCCGACGAGGAAGAGAAGCCCAGAAAAUUGCCACCUGGUCUGAGCAAGUCCACGCUUGUCGUUGCCCCGUUGGCACUGAUUAAGCAAUGGGAGGGCGAAAUCGCAUCUAAGGUUGAGAAUACUCACAAGCUUCGCGUAUGCGUCUACCACGGCAACACCCGAGCCAAGGCAACCGAUAACCUGGAAGACUACGACGUGGUCAUCACCACCUACGGCACCCUGACUUCCGAACACGGGAAGAGCGGGAAGUCAGGCAUCUUCUCUGUCUACUGGUACCGCAUCAUCCUGGACGAAGCUCACACCAUCAAGAACCGAAACGCCAAGGCAACCCAAGCGGCAUGCGCGCUGGAUGCAGAGUACCGCUGGUGUCUCAGUGGAACGCCGAUGCAGAACAACCUUGAUGAGCUGCAGAGUCUGAUCAAGUUCCUCCGUAUCAAGCCGUACAAUGACUUGGCUGCCUGGAAGGAGCAGAUUGGAAGGCCAAUUGCCAACGGUCGCGGACAGCUUGCGAUCGAACGCUUGCAGAUCUUCCUGAAAGCAUUCAUGAAGCGACGUACCAAGGAUGUCCUCAAGCUCAACGACAACCUCAAGCCCGGCGAGGAUGGCGGUGAGAAGAAACAAAAAUCCUCUGGGUUCCAGAUCACCAAGCGAGAAGUCAUCAAGGUGGCAGCGGAGUUCAUGCCGGGUGAGAUGAACUUCUACAAGCGUCUCGAACAGCGCACCGAGAACAGUCUUGAGAAGAUGAUGGGCGAUAGUAAGGUCGACUACGCUGGUGCUUUGGUCUUGCUGCUGCGUCUUCGUCAGUCGUGCAACCACCCUGACUUGGUGAAGAGCGACCUUGCCAAGGACAAGGAUAUUCUGCUGCAGACCGGUCCUUCUGAGAAGAAAUCGUCGCAAGGGAAGAAUGACGAUCUAGACAGUGUGGCUGAUCUGUUUGGUGCACUCAGUGUUGUCACGAAGAAGUGCGACGUUUGUCAGACGGAACUGAGCAAGGAGGAAGCCAGUAGUGGUAUCAGCCGGUGUGGCGAGUGUGAGAGCGAUUUGAAAGCUACGCUUGGUGACAAAGAGAUGAGCCACAAAAAGAAGAAGACCAAGAAGGUAGAUGUUGUGGAUCUCACGGACUCGCCUUCUGCCAGUCGCCAGGCUGCUCGUGCCCGUCGGAACAGAAAGGUUGUCGUCGAUAGCGAUGACGAGGACGAGGAAGACGGCGAUUGGGUUGUCACUAAGGCCCAACGCGGAGUGAAGAACUUUGGAAAGGCUGGUGGCAGUGACGAUGAAGAUGCGGAGGGAGGCGGCGAGUGGCUCGAAUCUGAGGAUUCGGACAGCGAUGAUGAAGGUCCUGAGUCGCCUACCAAGAACCGCACGAGAUCUGUCACUCCCCAGAUCCAAAAUUCCGAGUCAGAGUCCGAGGAUGAUAUCUAUCUGAGCGCGGGCGAUGAUGAGGAUGAUGAUAAGAGAAUCCUCCCCUCAACCAAGAUUCGACAUCUCAUGAAGAUUCUAUCGCGUGAAGCGCCGGACUUCAAGUUCAUCGUGUUCUCGUGUUUCACGUCAAUGUUGGACAAGAUCGAACCGUUCUUGAACCGAGCGGGCAUCGGAUAUGCGCGAUAUGACGGUAGUAUGAGGAACGACCAUCGUGAGGCGAGUCUGAACAAGCUGCGUAACAACAGUGGAACUCGAGUAUUGUUGUGCAGUUUGCGGGCUGGUGCUUUGGGACUGAACCUGACGGCAGCCAGUCGGGUUGUGAUUCUCGAGCCAUUCUGGAAUCCGUUCGUGGAAGAGCAAGCAAUCGACCGAGUCCACCGCCUCAACCAAACGCUCGAUGUGAAAAUCUACAAAAUGAUCGUCAAAGACACCGUCGAAGAACGAAUUCUAGACCUGCAAGACCGCAAGCGCGAACUCGCCAACCUCACGAUCGAAGGCAAGACCGCAGCAGCCAAGCUGACGAUGACGGACAUGAUGGCGCUGUUUGGUCGAGAUGCAGAGUCGCGGUAUGCAGGGAAACAGGGGGACCUGGACUUGAAACAGCCGGCGGUACUUGUGCAGGCGACGGACGAGACUGGUGUUAUGCGGACGAUGGGAUCGAGUAACACGCGAGACCGUGAGCGUUCGCAGACGAAGCGGGUGCCUGCUCGUGAAGAAAAUUCGGUGUAUGGACGACGGUGGUAGACAUAUUUUGACGAAUGUGGCGUUUGGAAUGUGAUCAAGGAUAUACAUAUGAUUGGUCGGAUUUAUUUUCAGGACGGGGAUAAUGAAUUGAUUCACUACACUACAAAUUUGAC